AUGCCUCAUAACAAGACAAUGAGUCACUGUUCACAAGGUUUAUCUCAGUGCCAUCUGAAGGUCAUCCUCAGCAAGGAAGCUAGAGCUCUUCUCACCUCCCAGCAUCGCCAAAAAUCUAAGGGUUUCAAGACAGCACUCAAUGAUGCUUGGCUCCAUAUUGAUGAAACGGUGAAGACAAUUGCCUCGUCUCACCACAAGAGUAUCCAAUGUGUCACAAACGACUUGUAUAUGGGCCAUGGAGGGCUGCGCUUCAAGCAUUUGAAGUUGAAUGCCUGGAAUGCAUUUUGCUGGAAGAAAAAUCAGGAGGCGAAGGAUGACAAUGCUCCGGAAAAGGAUGAAAAAGAUCAUCUUGUUGAAGAAUAUGAGGAGAAUAAGCUUCUCAAGUCCAAAGGUAUUAGAAUCUCAAUGAAGUCCAAGAUUAACGAUGUCACCCAAACACUGAAGGCUAUUGAGAACAAGUUGAAUAGUCUUAAGUGUCGCACCAGCACUGAAACAAUUCUUUACACAGUGUGGGGCUCUACUAACAUCCCACUAUGUGGUAUAAUAUUUGCCACUGAAGGUGUCAAUGAUUUCAUGGCAUUGGUAAUGAAUAUUGAUGACCAGCACCUCGUCAGCAAGAUGGAAGGUUUUGCUAUCCAAGGCAUCGAAGUUUCUACUUCCCUUCCUGAGCUGCAGAUGCUCCAUGACAUGUGGAAGAACAAGCUGAUUUCAUGGAGACUCCUCAACAAGGAUGAAUAUCAGUGGCUCCUUCAAGAGCACAACAAGAAGGUUGAUACUGGAGAGAUAGUUGAGUCCUCCCAUUGGCCUUGCUCAGACAAGGGGAAAAAAUGCGUCCAACUAGCAGAGGAACCUUCCAUUCCUCGUCACAAGAAGGUAUACAAAAGCCUAGACACUAUUGAGAGUAGUGAUGAAGAGGUCAAUGCACCACACACAGGCACUUCAGCGCCUUCGCCCUCUUCUGUCCAACCCUCUGUGUCUACUUCGGCACCUUUGCCUUCACCUUCUUCUGUCCAGCCCUCUAUGUCUACUUUGGCACCUUUGUCUUUGUCUCCCUCUGCAUCUACUUUGGCUCCUUCAACAGCAACUGCUUCUGCCAGUACCUGA